AUGAGUUCUUCUUUUAGUCCUCUAAUCGCUUCCGGCAGUCCUGAAGAGCAGAAUCACGACAAAUCGGAAAUCAAAAUACCAAAAAGGAGAUCAUCUUCUGGAUCACAUUUUCUGAGGCAAAACUGGCACUCAGAAUCUCGACUAGUCGAUCCGCACUUCAACGAGCAGCAUAUAAGGUUCAAAUGCAUCUUUUCCAAUUUGAAAGCCCUUCUUCAAUCUUGCGAGAAUUAUAAACUUUCAAUACGAUCAUUCUUCUACCAAACGAUGAUGGUGACUGAAUCUUUUCGUCGACUCCUAGAUGAUACAGCUUUGACUACGGCGGGUGGCCUGUCAGGCUCUCAGGUUUCCAGUCCAUCCAGUCCAUCCAGUCCGGGAGAUUCAAACCCACGAACUGUGGAUAUUCUGAGGAAUUUUUACCUAUCCGCGGGCCUGGCUGAGACGUUAAAUAAGCACAAUCGAAUAGAUAUUGAAAGACUGAACAGACAGGUAAGUGUCAUAUCCAAAAGGGUUGAAAAUGACAUGGUUUUUUUCGAAAGCAGCGUUCAAAUGCCAAUCAAUACCUUGAUGCAUAUCUGUUGCAGUAUAUCGCAAACGAUACGUUGUAGGGAACAGGCAAAUUUGGAACUCAGCGGACUUUGUGAUAAGAUGGUCAAAUCGCAGCAAUCACGCAGUCACUCGAACACUGCACGUAAAAUUGAGGCUGCAAAUAAGUUGGACAAGAAAUUCGCUCUCGCUAAAGCAAAGUACGAAACUUUGAACCUGAUACUGAAAAGAGAUCUUGAAACCUUGCUCAAAACUAUCUCUGCGGAUUUUAUGAAAGAAUGGUUCAAGAUUUUCUACUUCACAACCUUGAGAAUUUCAUACUCGCUACAUUACUUUUGCUGCAAUUGUCCGGAAUUCAAGAAGCUGCAGUUCAACGAGUAUCCAAGGAGCUCUAGAAGUAGCCCGAGGGAUCCAAACGGUGAUAGCAUAGCAAUAAGUAUGGCGGCGAUUCUACAGAAAUUCAAGCAGGAUCAUUAUUUCGUGUUCCACGAAAUAGAAAACUUAGAGAUAGUAAAGACUUAUAAUCGGAUCUAA